UAAAGGUGCAGCCCGAGUGUGAGGGUCUGGGUGCGCGCGCGCGGUGUCUGGACGGGUGCGCGCGCGCGCCGCUGCCCGCUUGCUUGCCUGCUAAAGGCUGUUCGGUGGGUUUGACCGGCGAGCGGGCACCAAGAAGCUAGAUCCCAGAUAACUAGAGACCAUCGCGGAAACUGCGGAGUGAAUCGGAACGCGGUGGACCCUCUACAGGACCUGAGGCUCCAGAGAUUAUUUCUCUUUAUUCAGAAGCAUAGAGUUGUUUGCUGAUUGCAAGAAGAUGUUUCUUUGUCUCUUUGCGAUUGUGUCAGGCCUGAUUUCUUCAACAAAUGCAGAUUCUGACAUAUCAGUGGAAAUUUGCAAUGUGUGCUCCUGCGUGUCAGUUGAGAAUGUGCUCUAUGUCAACUGUGAGAAGGUUUCAGUCUACAGGCCAAACCAAUUGAAACCCCCUUGGUCUAAUUUUUAUCACCUCAAUUUCCAAAACAAUUUCUUAAAUAUCCUCUAUCCAAAUACAUUCGUGAAUUUUUCUCAUGCAGUGUCUCUGCAUCUGGGAAAUAAUAAACUGCAGAACAUUGAGGGAGGAGCCUUUCUCGGGCUCAAUGCAUUAAAGCAGUUGCACUUGAACAACAAUGAAUUAAAGAUUCUCCGAGCUGACACUUUCCUUGGCAUAGAGAACUUGGAGUAUCUCCAGGCUGACUACAAUUUAGUCAAGUAUAUUGAACGAGGAGCCUUCAAUAAGCUCCACAAACUGAAAGUUCUCAUUCUUAAUGACAAUCUGAUUUCAUUUCUUCCUGAUAAUAUUUUUCGAUUCGCAUCUUUAACCCAUCUGGAUAUACGAGGAAACAGAAUCCAGAAACUCCCCUAUAUUGGAGUUCUGGAACACAUUGGCCGGGUCGUUGAAUUGCAGCUGGAAGAUAACCCUUGGAACUGUAGCUGCGAUUUAUUGCCUCUAAAGGCUUGGUUGGAGAAUAUGCCAUAUAACAUUUACAUAGGAGAAGCUAUCUGUGAAACUCCCAGUGACUUAUAUGGAAGGCUUUUAAAGGAAACCAACAAGCAGGAAUUGUGUCCCAUGGGCACAGGGAGUGAUUUUGACGUUCGCAUUCUGCCUCCAUCUCAACUGGAAAAUGGCUACACCACUCCCACUGGUCACACUACUCAAACAACCUUGCACAGAUUAGUGACCAAACCACCAAAAACAACAAAUCCUUCCAAAAUCUCUGGAAUAGUGGCAGGCAAAGCCCUCUCCAACCGAAAUCUCAGUCAAAUUGUGUCUUACCAAACUAGAGUGCCUCCUCUUACACCUUGUCCGGCACCUUGCUUUUGCAAAACACAUCCUUCUGAUUUGGGACUGAGUGUGAAUUGCCAAGAGAAAAAUAUACAGUCCAUGUCUGAACUGAUACCGAAACCUUUAAAUGCCAAGAAGUUGCAUGUCAAUGGCAAUAACAUCAAAGAUGUGGACAUUUCAGACUUUACUGAGUUUGAAGGACUGGAUUUGCUCCAUUUAGGCAGCAAUCAGAUUACGGUAAUCAAAGGAGAAGUAUUCCACAAUCUUACCAAUCUACGCAGGCUUUAUCUCAAUGGCAAUCAGAUCGAAAGGCUGUACCCUGAAAUAUUUUCAGGCCUUCAUAACCUACAGUAUCUGUAUUUGGAAUACAAUUUGAUUAAGGAAAUCUUAGCAGGCACCUUUGACUCCCUGCCCAAUUUGCAGCUACUGUACUUGAACAACAAUCUCUUAAAGAGCCUGCCAGUUUAUGUUUUUUCUGGAGCACCCCUUGCGAGACUGAACCUGAGGAAUAACAAAUUCAUGUAUCUACCUGUCAGCGGAGUCCUCGACCAGUUGCAGUCUCUUACACAAAUUGAUUUGGAGGGCAACCCUUGGGACUGCACUUGUGACUUGGUAGCAUUAAAGCUGUGGCUGGAGAAGUUAAAUGAUGGAAUUGUUGUGAAAGAACUGAAAUGUGAGACUCCUGUUCAGUUUGCCAACAUUGAACUGAAGUCCCUCAAAAAUGAAAUAUUAUGUCCUAAACUUUUAAACAAGCCAUCUGCACCAUUCACAAGCCCUGUACCUGCAAUUACAUUCACCACUCCAUUGGGUCCCAUUCGAAGUCCUCCUGGGGGCCCAGUGCCGCUGUCUAUUUUAAUCUUAAGUAUCUUGGUGGUCCUCAUUUUAACUGUCUUUGUUGCAUUCUGCCUUCUUGUUUUUGUGCUGAGACGCAACAAGAAACCCACAGUGAAGCAUGAAGGACUGGGGAACCCUGAGUGUGGCUCCAUGCAGCUGCAACUAAGGAAGCAUGACCACAAAACUAAUAAAAAAGAUGGACUGAGCACAGAAGCAUUCAUUCCACAAACCAUAGAACAGAUGAGCAAGAGUCACAGCUGUGGCCUGAAAGAGUCUGAAAGUGGGUUCAUGUUUUCAGACCCUCCAGGACAGAAGGUCACGUUAAGAAAUGCUGGUGACAAAGACAAAGACUUACUGCAUGUAGAUACCAGGAAGAGACUCAGCACAAUUGACGAGCUGGAUGAACUGUUCCCUAGCAGAGAUUCCAAUGUGUUUCUUCAGAAUUUUCUUGAAAGCAAAAAGGAGUAUAACAGCAUUGGUGUCAGUGGCUUUGAAAUUCGCUAUCCAGAAAAACAACAAGAUAAAAAAAGCAAGAAGUCACUGAUAGGUGGUAACCACAGUAAAAUUGUUGUGGAACAAAGGAAGAGUGAGUAUUUUGAACUGAAGGCAAAACUUCAGAGUUCUCCUGACUAUCUGCAGGUCCUUGAGGAGCAAACAGCUUUGAACAAGAUAUAGGUCAUGUAAUCCAACUACAUACAGAGGACAUUAUUUAAUGAUGAAAGUGCCUUUUGUUGACUUCUAACUUCCAAAUACUAUAUUAUCAUUAGGCAUAGAGACAGGUGUUUCCAAGGGUAUCUCAUUAACUGUAGCCGUAAUGAUGUGUCAAGUAGAAGAGAAUAUCCUUAAUAGAUUUUACUACAUAAAACCUAUACUGUGGAGUCCUGUGGGGAUACUGCAAACUCUAUUGCCAAAGGGAUGCUUUAUAAACAAAACACACUGAAUUUAACCUCAAGAGGCAAAUCAGUUUUGUACUCUGAUACAAAACCUCCAUCUCUUUGUGAAUUUGUAAAGCAAAUUCAAGAAAACUGGUACCAGUGUUUGUAUCUCAGCUGCGUCCUUCAUCUUGCACGUAGAUUAAGUUGGUGAAACUGGAAUAACCCUUUUGAUUUGUGGCAUUGUAACAACUCUGUGUAAAGAUUACCUGAAAAGUGUAAAAAACAAAUAAGCAUGCAAAGAGAGAACAUUUGAUAGUAUUUGUAAAUUGGUAAAAUUUAUGGCCUGCAUCUUGAAACCACUGGAUUUAUAAUGUUAAAUUGUGCAAAUACUUGUUUAAAAUAUACCAUGCAUUACAUAACUAUAAAAUUUGAACACUUUAAGUAUUACCUGUCUAUACAUCAAAACUUAAAGGAAAAAAUUCAAUGUGAGUUACAUAGCAUUUGUGGUGAUAUAGAGAAAAAAUGUUUAUCAGAAUUAAACCUGGCUUAAAUUAAACUAGAGUUUGUUCUCAGUUGUGUCAAAUACCCACAAUCCUUAAAGGUUGUCCCAAAUUAGCAAAGUGCUUACCGUGUGAGCGCACCCAAAGCUAUUUUUGUAACAUAAUUCAUAUUUAUGAAGUACUUUGUAUACUAAAUAGGAAAACAUGUACUCCCUAAUAUGUAUUUAAUAUGCCUGACUUAUUUUCCUGAUCACGGCAAAUUUGUCAGUAAGUAUAAAUUUAGAUAAGAAAAAAGUACUAAAGUGAAACUGAAGCUAAUGUGUACAGAAAUAUUUUGAACUCUGUGAUCAGGUAUAAUUUAAAAGCAAAAAAAAUACAAAAAGCCCCACAAAAUUAAAAAAAAAAUCUGUGCUAUUCUUGUGAAUUUAGCGUAUUAUCUUCAGAUUUGUUGCCAGCUGUGCAUUUUAAAAUAGGUUCCUUAGUUUUACAGUAUUGUGUCUGGGGCAGUUGUUAUUUGCCAUCAAUUGUCUUGCUUUUCAGGAUUCUAUGAGCUUAGUUCAAAUAGUUUUAAUUACAAUAUAUAACAAAUUAAUGACUAAUGUUAAUAAUAUCAUGUAUGCAUCAGUAUCCUGUUCUUCAUCAUUCUGACUACUAUCAGAUAAUCUAGUAGAACUGUAAACAUCAUGGCAGUCUUGGCUACCAAAGCCACACUGAAAAUGCUUUUACUGGUCUCAGAUGAAUUCAUGAUCUACAACCACAACUGAUAUGCCCCUGUGUUUGCGUAUGCUGUUAAGUUCUAAGUCAAAAUUGGUCAAAUGAAUGAAGUAUUUGAUAAUGGGUUGAGAUCUGAAGAUAUUUAGGAUCUCUGAUUAGCAAAUCAAUAUUCAGAAUCUCAUUGCCUUCUUGGCCAGCUGUUUGUGUGUGUGUGUGUGUGUGUGUGUGUGUGUGUGUGUGGUGUGAUGAAUUACAGUAUUAUUAAGUAAAGUAGCUAAUAAGGCAAACAGACAUUCUUUAUGAAUUUCAAGUUGCAGAUAUUUUGAUGCAGCUUCCAAAAGGAUAUUACAGUUAAGUAGUAACAGCAAUCCUUUUAUUAAAUACUAAUUUCAGUAUUUUAUGUGUUUGUUCCAAAUUUUUAAGGAAUAUUUGACAUUAUUACAGGAGUGUGUACAUAUGUGUGUGUAUAUGUGUGUGUGUGUGUGCGCGCACACAUGUGUGUUUGGGUAUAUAUUCAUAUAUAGAUAGAUAGAUAGAUAGAUAGAUAGAUUUGGAGAUUUUUUAGAUAGCAAAUAAAAUCUCCCUAUGUAUGUGCUGGUGCUCUUAAAACUUUAAUGUGUAAUUUUCUGUUCCAUGACAAUGUCUGUGAAAACUUUAUAUGACUAUAAAUACAUCCAAACAAAUAAUUGCUUUCUGAUCUUGAAAGAAAAGAAGUGUGUUCAAAUGCUAAUUUUCAUCUGCAGUUUCAUAAGGACAUUUAAUAUGCCAUUACCAUGCAUGCAUGCAUCCAUGGAUUAAAGGGCUCCUAAUGCACACUGACAGGAUAAAGAUGCAAAGGCUUACGACAAAGUGUUUUUGUUUAUCCCAUCAUUAAAGUAUGGAUUCAGAAAUAUUAAAUGGACACUUACAGGAGGAACCAGAAAGCUCCAUGCAUAAGCUGGGGCUAAUAGGUUGUUGGGAUGAUGUUUUUUAUUCAGUGUGGUGAUGUUUGGAAGAUUAUUCGAGGUUUCUGCAAAAUUGUCAGCGGCAAGAGUACCUGCCACCAUCUCAAAGCUUGCUGUAGUAUAUUGGCUACUCACACUUUACUGCUGAAAGCUAUAAAUGCUCAAAAAAUUUUAAGAAAAAUUAAUUUAACUAUAUGUGCUUAUUUGGUGGUUCUAAUUGUAAAUGGAAGUAACAAAUUCUUGGUUAAGGCUAAUAUACUUUCCUUAACUAAAGUCAUUGUGCCUACAUUAUACAGUGUAUGCUAUUUUGCACCUGUCUUUCAUUAGUUCUUCUUGUAUCUUUUAUGAUACAUAGUUAGGUAUAAAUUCUGAGUUGAGUACAUGAGCAGUUUAAAUACUGUAUCUGCGUUUUGUUGGCUUCAGCUAUAAUCUUGACGUUAGUUUAACCCCUUGAGAUAUGAUAUGCACAUGGUAAAACAUUUUUAGUUGUAUUUGAUUCAAAUAUUAAAAAGCCAAGAAGUGAUUAUCUCUAAUGUGGUAUGAGACAUCAUUGCCUUCUUGGCAUUAUAUUCCUGUGUAUGGACUGUGUUAGAACAGUUGCAGAGAAAACUAGAUCUUAUGAAAUCAGUGAAGGGGUGAGAUAAUAUAUUGUGUCCAUGUAAUAUAAAUCAAGUUUUAAAUUAUUUUUUUAUGAAAUCAAUAAAAUGAUUCAAUUCUUUAAAAGUAAAUCUUUGUGUAAUUUUAUGAGAAAGCAGCUAUUAAAGUACAGUGAUUCAAAUAUAUAAGGCAAUUUAUAUCUCAUACUUAGUUUUUCAUUCUAAAUAACAGUAGAAACAAAUAUAUUAAUUAGAAAGUUAUUAAAGACCAUUACCAUUAAUUGCUUUUCAAAAACAUUUAGUUUUGUACGCCAUAAGGUCGCAUAAAUAUUAAAUGGCAUGGCCUCAUGAGUAAUGUCAUAGGCAUUUCAGAAAUAUCAAAGUCAACCUAGAAAUGUAUGGCGAUAAUAUUAAUCUACAAUUACAUUUGCAUGACUUACAUGGAUAAUAUAUGAAAUGAGCACAGUGAGCUUUUCAUUUAUGUUUCUUUUUUUUCUUUUUCAGUUUUGUUGUCAUCGUUGCAUCCAAAGAGUUAGGGAGAAAAUAUAUUAAGAAUGUAUUUAUAGUUACUAUUUUGAAAUAAAGUAGAGAAUAUGUAUUAUAUUGUUUUACCCUGUUUUGAUUAUUUCUAUUUUAGAAUAAUUAAUACAAAACCAAGUAAUGCUAUGAAAUCUAAUGUAAAUCACAGCAAAAAACAACUCUAAUGAAUUUUGUUUGCUUUGAAUUACACCAAGAUAUUAGAUUUUAUUAAAUACCAUUUUUCUGGAACCAUCAAUAAAAUUGUUUGGUACAGUGUUAUUUCUGAAACCACCUCUUGUUAAAUAUAUUUAUCUUUUCAUUGUUUUUCAGAAAAAGUAAAACAGUAGCCAAACUGAUUAUAUCACUCAAAUUUGAGGGUAAUAUAUAUAGCUUUAUAAUACUGUUUACACUAAAUUUAAUUGUUAAGCCUCUGUUAAAAGAUGUUUUCCUAACAAGCACAGUUGCAAUCUGUAUUUCUUUGUACUGGCAUUCCCUUAGAGAAGAGUUGUCAGACAGUGUCAAAAUCAACAUACUUUGAUCCUUUCGUAUUCUCUCCAUUUAAAAUUCAACAUAACUUCAAGUAGUCAAAUAUUAGUAUUCAAUCUGAGCUAUUAACACAAAUAAAUUCACAGAAGCUUCAGAACCUCUACAUUCUACUGCAAGCUUGACUGGUUUCUAGUUGCUUACACUUAAUGUAGUAAAUGACUAUUCUUAAGUUAGCUUCUUCUAAAGUAACCAAAAAUAUCAGUCAACCACUUGAUGCAUUUUCUGUGGUUGAAAAAAAUUGAACCAAUUGCAUUAUAGUUCUACUGAGAGCAGAAAAAUAUUCAAAAAGCUGCAUUUCCGAUAAGGUGGUUUGAGAUCAUGUGUCUAUAAGCUAACUGAAGCAAAGGAAGUGCACAGAAUUAUAAGUUAUGAUUUCUGUGGCUUUACAACUAUACAUAAAUUGUGCUGAAAGUUGGCACGAUAUAGAGCAAGCACAAGGCAGUUGUUCUCAGCCACUGCAUUAUGUAGACAAGUGGCAUCAAAUCAAGGGCCAUACUCAUGUUCAGUGUUCAUUCAAUUACUUAACUAGUCAGACUAACUAUUGGUGGUGUCCCUUACUAGGAAUAAUUACAAGUGUAAGUCACAAGUAUUGUCUCUCAAUUGCAGAUUUCUAGGGGAUUUGUCUUUUGCUAAAUUAAAACCAAAUGGGAGGUCAAAUGAACCUAAAUAACUUUGUGGCUUUUUAAAAAUAAAAACUGCCUUAGUAUACAUUUAAUUUAAUUUUAUUGUAUAAUUUUCUUUAUUCUAUUUAGUUUCCAGUGAUUUAUAGGAUAGCAUUGGAGAAGGAAAAAGUAAAGAAAGUGUUUCUACUAUCUCCUAUAUGAAAUACUAUAAUAUUCUAAAAGUUUGUAAAACUUUUUAAUUUGUUGUUCUUAUAUCUACACAGAGGAAAUGCUUUCAAGCACUAGGGUAAUUGGAUACUUUGGGUCCAGAAAAUACGACACUGGCAAUAUGAAAGAUUUGAACUCCGCAGUGCUUGGUAAUUACAAGUUAGAUUUGCAAUAGAACCAAGAACCAAGAAGUAGCAAGUCAAUCUUCCAUGGUAGUUUACUUUUGUGGGUAUUGCCUGCUCUUAAACACAAAUCGCUUUAAAAAUUCGUGAGGGAAGUCCUUAGAGAGCUAAUGAGAGUAUGUAAUAAAUAGGUAUCUACCUUUAUUUUUAAAUAGCCUAUAGAGAGACAAGACAGUGUUUUAAAGUAAUUGGACAAUAUAUUUCUCUCAGUUGGCAACUCAAAAGUACAUCAUGUCAGAUACUGUUGACAAACUUCUAAGGAAGCCAUGUUGUGCAAUGGAUAUUAAUUAUGGUAAUGAUUAACAAUCACAUUGAGAAUUAUCCUCCCUAUUAAGCAAUGGCAAUGUAUAUUUCCAUCAUCGUUUUAUGUAAACUGAAUCAUUGUGCUAAAAUUCUGGAGUUGGUAUGGAGUAACUUUAAUGCUGUUUUCAUGAAUAAAAGUCUUUUCUUAUAGGUCA